UAUAUCCACUAACCAUAUUUCCCCUUUUCCUUACUUUUUUAGCCUUCUUUUGUUUUUUUCCCUACCAUUUUGCCUCUUGAGAUAAAGCUAAAGUAGCAAUAGUACUAUAUAGUAGCAUCAUUAAAAAAGCAAACUCCUAGCUACUUAGUUAUAAGUAUAAGUCUCCUAAACCCUCAUUUCCUUUUUAUUGUACUCUCUUUUGUUUUAGCUCUUCCAAACCAAACAUACAAAGAAAAAAAAAUAUGGAAGAUCAAUGUAGCCCUCUUAGCUGGCCUUAUAACUACUUCCUUGAAGAGGGAAUUGAGGAAUUGAAGCAUUCUUUGGUGUACACAACAUUGGAAUUGGAAAAUACUGUCAUUUCUGCACAUGAGGAACUUGCUAGGAAAGAUGAGGAGAUUUUGCACCUCAAGAAUCUUUUGACUAGAAUUGUGAAAGAAAGAGAUGAAAUUCAAGGCAAAUGUCAAAGGCUUGGAAUGGAGAAAAUCUUACUCCAACAACAAUUACUCCAACAACAACAACAAGUACAAUUCCAAUUCCAAUUUCAAAAGCAACAAAAUCUUGUUAUAGAAAGUGCACCUAUUUCUAGUGGCACAACAAGUCAUGAUCAAGAACAUGACCAAAUUUUAAAAGGAGUAGUUGACUCUAACAACAACAACAUUGGACUUUCUAAUUCCUCAGAUUGUGAUGAAAACAAUGCUGUUGUUUCUCCUCCAUUAGUUCAAGAUUUAAUGGAUAAAAUUGUUCUCAAGAAACCAUUGCCAGAAAAAGGGAAAUUCUUGCAAGCUGUAAUGGAAGCAGGGCCACUACUACAAACACUUCUUUUAGCUGGUCCACUUCCUCAAUGGCAACAUCCACCACCACAACUCAAUUCCAUUGACAUUCCUCCUGUCACUAUUACCUCCCCUACGCCGCGGCUACUCCACCAGGACUCCGCCCUGAGUAGCACCGGCGCUGUCUGUGCCAGCGCCGGAGCAUGUUUUGGUAAGAAAAGGGAUGUUGGUGCUGAUACUUCUCCAAAGCCAAUUUCCAAGUAUCAAAAAGUUGUUCACCAGUCAUCAUUGACCAACAUGUAGUGUUUUCUUUCUUUUCCCACCUCUAUAAUUAGCUCACUUUAGCUAGUAUUUUUUUGUUAAUUAACCAUCCAGUAUCCGGAACUUACUGGGCCGACUAAUUCUGAUUUUCUACAAGAAGUUUUUCCUUUACAAGGGUCAAACCCGUGAUCUUUAGUGAAGGAUGGAGAGAUCCUAUCUAACCAGUGGUUCAGUUUAUCUUUCCUUUUCAUACCGUUUAAAAAGUAUGAAAAAGGAGAGAAAAUUAUCAGCAUGAAAUGGAUGGCUAUCAUGCAUGCCAUUUUCCAUCCAAUUAGGAUUUGUAAAAUUAGUUGGUUUGCCUUAGAAACUAAGCAAUGGUUAUAAUUAUUAGCUAACAAAAUUUUAGAGGAUUUUGACAAAAGGCCUAAUUAUGAAUGGCCUUUUACUUAGUAUGGUUUUUAAAGAUCAGUGUCUCACUAUUAAGUGUUGGAUUCUUGAUUAUGACUGCUGCUUUGUUUUUCAAGCCCUUUGAUUUGGAUGAAGAGGAGUUUGAUCUUUUGAUUUAGUAACCUUUGAUUGUAAUUAUUUCCCCAUGUAAUAUGAGUUGGGGAGGCUUUUAGAAUUCUCCAAACUAUUGGGGAAUUUUUUUAAUUACGUAUACUUGCUACUCUUUUUUCUCUUGGUCUAAUUUUGCAUAAAAAUAUUAUGCAAAGUGUAUCUUGAGAGAUUAUGAUGUUGUAGAAUUGGCUUGUCAUUAUUGAGAAGAUGAUUUAGUUUAAUGAAGGCUUUGCUUUCCUUUUUUGCUUUUA